AUGGCACCAAAAAAUGAAAUUCCAGCUUAUGUCCUUGGUGUUGGGCUCACCAAGUUCAUCAAACCCCGACAAACGCGCGCAUAUCCAGAGAUGGGCUAUGAGGCGGGAGUAAAGGCAAUGUUGGAUGCACAGAUUAACUACGACGAUGUUGAGACAGGAGUUGCCUGUUACUGUUACGGAGACACUACGAGCGGUCAAAGAAUCUUUUACCAGUUCGGCAUGUCGAGUAUCCCAAUUUACAACACAAACAAUGCAUGUGCAACUGGUUCGACCGGUCUUCAUCUAGCGCGAACACUGGUCAAGAACGGGGCGAUUGACUGCGCGCUCGUUAUUGGAUUCGAACAAAUGCAGCCUGGCUCUAUCAAAUCAACAUGGAGCGAUCGCCCUUCCCCCAUGGGUCUCUCGAUGCGUAUGAUGGCCGACACCCGCGGCAUAAGCAAUUCUCCACCCAAUGCUCAAUACUUUGCCAAUGCUGGUCUUGAAUAUAUGGAGAAGCAUGGAGCUGAGGCACGCGACUUUGCUGAGAUUGCCAGGAUUAGCCAUGAACACAGCUCGAGGAAUCCGUAUGCGCAGUUCAGGGAUGUCUACACACUUGAACAGAUUGAGAAGGCGCCCAUGAUUCACUUCCCGUUGACUAAACUUCAAUGCAGUCCGACAAGCGAUGGUGCUGGCGCAGCCGUUAUCGUGAGCCAAAAGUUCUUGGAUGCCAGACCGCAUCUCAAGAGUCAAGCUAUCCUGAUCGCAGGACAGUCUCUGAUGACGGACUCUCCUCAGCUUUACUCUAAGUCAUCGAUGGAUCUCGUUGGUUACGAUAUGACUAAGCGCGCAGCACAAGCGGCUUUGAAGGAGGCCGGUGUGAGUGCGAAAGACAUCAAGGUCGCGGAACUACACGACUGCUUCUCGGCGAAUGAGCUCAUCUUGUUAGAGGGUCUGGGUUUCAGCGAACCUGGAAAAGCACACAUGAUGGUACGCAACGGCGAUAUCACAUACGGUGGCAAAGGACCCAUCGUGAACCCAUCUGGCGGUCUCAUCAGCAAGGGACACCCUCUCGGCGCAACUGGGUUGGCACAAUGUGCAGAACUGACAUGGCAGCUUCGAGGCUGGGCCAACAACAGACUCGCUGACGGAGCAGACGUGGCGCUCCAGCAUAACCUGGGCCUGGGCGGAGCUGUCGUGAUCAACGUAUACAAACGCGCUGAUGGCAAAAAGAAUGCGAAGAUGAGUGAUGAGGAAGUCAAACAAGCGAGUCAGUUCUCCUACAACCCUGCCGUGGAGGCACGCUACGUCACCAAGGAGGAAGGCGAAAAGGUGAGAAGCAAGACUGUGGCAAAUGAGUAUGCGCUAGACGAUACCUUAGAGAAGAUUCAAAGUCGACUGUAA